AUGGAUAAGACGUUGAUCAUCGUGUGCUCAGCGGUCGGGUCUCUGGGAGUGUUGAGUGCCAUCUUGGGGUUCUCGGCGGAGGGGACAAAGCUCACUCCAUAUACGAUACUGGUUCAUGACGACGACUGCAUCUACCCGCAGAACCCGGCGCUCGGGCUGGGGAUCUGCGCCGCCGUCUUCCUGCUAGCGGCUCAGGUCACGUCCACGGCGGUCGGCGGCUGCUGCGGCUGCUGCAAGUCCCGCUCCCCUUCGGAGACCAAGCGGAUCGUCGGCGUCGUCUGCGCCGUCGUCUCGUGGAUCGCGGCGGCGAUCGCGUGGGUGCUGCUCAUAGUAGGAGCGUCGUGGAACGCCAACGUGGUGCGGGUGGCCGCGCCGUACUGCCCCUACCUCAAGGACGGCAUCUUCGCCGGCGCCGGCGUGCUCUCCCUCGCCGCCACGGCGCUCGGCAUCGCCUCGUACGUCAUCACGCGGACGCAGCGGGCGAAAGCGGCGGCACCGGCACCGGCACCGGCACCUGCCAAGGGGGAACCGAACAUCCCUCCUGGUUCUUCUGCUCAAGGCAAUGGACCCCACGCACCGAACCAGGAGUCUCCUGCUACUCAAGAGAGCCCAGCUGAAGCCCCACAGCCGCAGGCGGUGGCACCGCCCGCGCCCCUUGAAUCAGCAGGCGAGCUGCCGCCGGUGGCGAUGGGCCAACAGCAGCAGCCAGCUACUGCUACCCACCAAGGGGAUGAACUACCAACAAUUAUUCGCAAUGAGGUAACUAAGCAAGGAAUUAGAUUGGCUGCGAAGGUGGUGGAGCAUUCCCUUCUUUCCUGA